UAAAUAAUAAAAAAAAAAACUAUAAAUUCACAUUUAUUUUUAAAUUUUAAAUAUCAUUUACAAAAAACAAUAACAAUUAAUCUUUAAAUACACUCAUUCAAAAAUUUAAAAAAAAAAAAAAUGAAAUAUAUCAUUGUUUUAUUAUUUGCUUUAUUAACAAUAUCUUUUUCAGCUGCAACCUAUCCAUGUGGUAAUGGUGUUUGCUCUAAUAGUGACAUUUGUCGUACAUUCAACAAUGUUCCAGGCUGUACCCCACGUAGUAGCUAUACCGAAAUUACUUUGUCAUCUAAAGUAGUAAACAUAUGGUAUGAUGGCAAUGCUGGAAAAUGGUAUACUCAAUAUGACAUUACUAUUUCAAAUAAUUCAAACUAUAACCUCAAACAAAUCAACAUUGGUACUGCUAAUUUAAAUUUACGUGACCCACAAUCACUUUGGAAUAUGGUCAAAUCUCCAAGUGGUGUAUUAUCUCUUCCAUCAUACCAACAAUCAAUUAAUGCACAUGCCUCAUAUGUUUUUGGUUAUAUUUUAGUAGGCCAAAAUCAACCAGCAACAUUAUCUAUUCUUUCAGUUAAUUUUUAAAACAAAUAAACUUAUUAUUUAAUUAAAUAAAAUUAUAUUUAAUUAAAUCAUUUU